AUGGCCUCCCUCGCACCGGCCUUCUUGGCCCGCUUCGCCGUCCUGGCGCUCCUCUUGACCUCCUCCGUCCUGGCAAAGACCAUCGAGCUCGACUGGAACAUCGGAUGGGUCCUGGCCAACCCGGACGGCGCCUUCGACAAGCCCACCAUCGCCGUCAACGGCCAGUGGCCGCUGCCGCUCAUCGAGGCCGACAAGGGCGACCGCCUCGUCCUCACCGUCCACAACCACCUGGGCAACGCGAGCACCAGCCUUCACUUCCACGGCAUGUUCCAGAACGGCACGAACCACAUGGACGGCGCCGUCGGCAUCACCCAGUGCGCCAUUCCGCCGGGGAAGUCCUUUACGUAUGAUUUCAAGUUCGACCAAGUCGGCACCUACUGGUACCACGCCCACAACGACGGCCAGUACCCCGAGGGCCUCCGCGGCCCCCUGGUCAUCCACGACCCCAAGGGCCCCUACGAGGGCAAGUAUGACGAGGAGCUCGUCAUCACCUUCUCCGACUGGUAUCACCGGUCGACCCGGGCCCUCAUCAAGGAGCUGAUCAGCGUCGAGAACCCCACCGGCGCCGAGCCCGUGCCCAACUCGGCCCUCAUGAACGACACCCAGAACCUCAAGGUCGGCGUCCAGCCCGGCAAGACCUACCUCGUGCGCAUGGUCAACAUCGGCGCCUUCGCCUCGCACUACGUCUGGUUCGAGGGCCACCCGAUGCGCGUCGUCGAGGUCGACGGCGUCUGGACCGACGAGGCCGCCGCCGACAUGCUGUACAUCGCCCCGGCCCAGCGCUACAGCGUCCUCCUGACGACCAGGGACGACGCCUCGGCCGGCAACUUCGCCAUCGUCGGCGCCAUGGACGAGGACCUCUUCGACGUCAUCCCCGACGGCCUCAACCCCAACGUCACGGGCUGGCUCGUCUACGACGACCACAAGCCCCUGCCGGAGCCCGCCGCCGUCGACGAGUUCGACCCCUUUGACGACUUUGAGCUGGUCCCCGUCGACAGGGAGGAGAUUUACGACAGGGUCGACCACUCUUUCAGCUUCAACGUCAAGAUGGACAACCUCGGCGAUGGCGCAAACUACACGAAACUGACCACCGAGCCCAGCGCCUUCUUCAACGACAAGACGUACGUCCUGCCCAAGGUCCCCUCGCUCUACACGGCCCUCACCGUCGGCGCCGCCCACGCCGCGGACCCGCGCGUCUACGGCACCUACACGAUCCCGCACGUGCUCCGGCGCAACGACGUCGUCGAGAUCGUCCUCAACAACGAGGACGACGGCAAGCACCCCUUCCACCUGCACGGCCACCAGUUCCAGGUCAUCCACCGCUCCGACGAGGACGCCGGCGCCUUCGCGAACGGCACCGGCUCCUCCGCCGUCGCCUUCCCCCGCCACCCCAUGCGCCGCGACACCCUCCUCGUCGAGGGCAACGGCAACUUCGUCAUCCGCUUCCGCGCCGACAACCCCGGCGUGUGGCUGUUCCACUGCCACAUCGAAUGGCACAUGGACCAGGGCCUCAUCGCCACCAUCGUCGAGGCGCCCGAGGCCCUGCAGGGCCGCGCCGUCCCCGAGGGCCACCUGGAAGCGUGCCGCGCCGCGCGCGUCCCGACCGAGGGCAACGCCGCGGGCAACACCAAGAACCCGCUCGACCUGCGCGGCGAGAACAGGCCCCCCGCCCCGCUGCCGGAGGGCUUCACGCCCAAGGGCUACGUCGCCAUGUUCUUCAGCUGCGUCGCGGCCUUCCUGGGCUUGGCCGUCAUCUCGUGGUACGGAGCCAUGGACUCGGACAAGGAGGCGAGCAUCGAAGACCGCGCCGCGUCCGGAUCCCGGGACAGGGAUGAAUAA